GAGACCGAGAGGGUGGACCUUGCCGCCGCGGCGCGGCAUCUUGCACAUCAUCACCAAAUAUUCGUGAUUCUGAGUGGGAUGACAACAUUGAAUAUAUUUUUAAGAAGUGGAGAGAGUGGAGCUGGGAAAACUGAGACAGCAAAAAUUGCAAUGCAAUAUUUGGCCGCACUUGGUGGUGGUAGUAGCGGGGUAGAGUGUGAAAUCCUUCAGACAAGUUGUAUACUAGAAGCAUUUGGAAAUGCCAAAACAUCCAGGAAUGACAACUCUAGCAGAUUCGGAAAAUCGAUUGAAAUUAAUUUUAGCAUAGCAGGGAAGAUUUGUGGUGCUACAAUCCAAACAUGUAAGUCUGUUUUACAUUGA